GCGUCAGUGCGGUUCACAGAAUUAUUCUUCACGGAAAUCUGAAGCUCGAGAAUAAUCAGGAUGCACGCGGUUGGAUUGCACUCGGCGCUGGCCAUCAAGCGUCAGAGAAAACGCCGGGACGAGCAGCGUCGUGCCUGCGAGCGUCGUUAUAGCGCGCAAUCAGGCGAGAGCGGCCUGACGUCGCCCAGGGCUUCGACCGGUUCCUUGGACCAUCAUCCGAAGCAUCAUAAAACCGGACAUGGGAGACCCGCGGCUGGCCCGGGAAUGUUGGAUACGAAGAUGGUCACGUCGGUGGGGAUGCUUCACAUGGGCGUGGUUUUCCUGGUGCUUGGCGCUUUCCUUCUGAUGAGCGGCCUCUUGCCCGGUGAUCUUGUCACCGGUGGCUGGUGGGAGGUGUCCAUAGGCUCGUUCUCUAUCUUCUUGGGGAUCUUCCUCAUGAUUCUGAACAAAGUGAUCGCGAGGAAAGAGGAGAACGACUUGGAGGAGUACGUGCAGAGGCAGCUGACGAGGACCAGGUCCGGUCACAGGUUGGAGAGGGACGUGGAAACCGGUGGACUGACCACUAAGCACGCUAGAAGAGCGAGACAGAUGCAGCAGGCUGUUUCCAGCGAAUCUAUCGAGACACAGAACGAAAAAGAGGCGGAAUCACCGCCUGUGAAUCCUUCGCCUGCUUACUCGCCACCGCCGACAAUGAACGGCGAUCAUCAGGCUGUUCAGUCGGCCCUCUAUCUGGAACAGAUCACCGAAGAGGAGAUCAUCAGCGACCGUGUGGAAACGUCUACCACCAACAGUCUGAGCCCUGGCUCGCCGAGCGAGACCAGGGAAUUAUUGCAGAACCCUCGCUAUUCGAAGCAGAAUGGAAAUCCUCAGCAGGUUCAUCGGCCGCUUUACGUGUCUAGGAUCUAG